UACACAUAAUAAUUCACAUAUCUUUGUCUUUCGUUUCUUUUCCUUUCAUGCAUAUAUGGAUCAAUCUUCUGGUGCCCACACUGCAUUAAAUCUGUAACAGUGUUGGGAGUACAUGGCAUCCAUCUCCCCCGGCCCCACAUGGUCUCUCGAUCUAAUCUAAUCACAGCCCCACAUCAGUGUCAUUACAAGAUAUAUAUUCAUAUAAGCUGAGAUGAAAUCUUAGCUUGGUGCUGCAGGCAACUAUGGAUGUUGUUGAUGAUGGCAGGGUUGAGCCUGGAGAGCUUCUGGAGGAAACUUGGUUCUUCGGGAACUCGCUUCAUGGGAAAUCAAGAAUGUUCACCAGACAUAGUCAUUCUGAUCCGCCUUUAGUAGCUGAUGAGAAAUCCAUGGAAGAAACUUAUUCAUCAAUCAAGAAAAUCCCAGAAUUAGGUACAAGAAGCUGGUCGUUAUUAACUCGGACAGGCGGUCCAGGUCUAAUGAAGACAGCUUCAAUGCCAACAAACGUGAAAGAAUCAUCAACAAGAAUGUAUAGUACAAUGAAUCUGCAGCAAAUGCAGUACUGCGGUGAUCUGUCAACUUUUGCAGAAAAGGAAGAACUUGAAGAUGAUGAGGAAAGCGAAUUUUGUAUGGGGAAAUUGAUCAGGCAAGCAUCUUUAAACCAUGCAAGAGUUCAACCUCCACUUCCCUCUGUUAAGGGUCUGAGAAGAAGCUGUAGCAUUUGUAGCUUACCAAAACAGAGAAUUAGCAAGAUUACAGUAGGGUGUGAGAGCGUUUAUGAUAAUAAGACAGAAGAGAGAGAUGAAGAAAAUGUGGUAAGAAGACGAAAUUGUUCAGAGCUGGCAGCUAAGAGUUCUCCAACUCCAUUUCAGAAUAUUGCCAAGAAAUCAUCAUCAUCAUCAGGACAAGACGACAUGAAAGCACAGAUCAAGUUCUGGGCCAGAGCCGUGGCAUCAAACGUGCGCCAGGAAUGCUAAUCACUCAAACUGAUCGAACUACAGACCUUCAGUUUACAAGACUGACGCUCUACCACUGAGCUAUAGGGGCUGGAUAUUCAUUUGGACUGGUAUUUCAUAGUGGUGAACCCACAGUGUGCCCAUGCAUAUAUGCCUCCAUUGCACCACUACCCCGGAAUGAGGCUAAACCAUCUCUUCUUGGACCAAUUAGUGGCCCCUGCGACUGUGAACUAUUACCAAUAACCCCA